AUGGCGGCUAAAGUUGCUCAAACUGUGGCAAAACCCAUGUUGACGCCGCAUAAGUGCAAACGUGUACGCGAUGAUUACUUAACUCUGCCUAUUCAUAACAUUUCUCUGGCUCACACUUUUACAAUGGAAAAUAACGGUCACAGUGAAACGGCGCCAUCGAUACGAACCCAUGUCUGCACAUUUCACUGGGGUUCGCCGACAAGUAAAGGUUCAGAGCAUAUGAUCGAUGGUCACCGCUUUGAUGUCGAAAUGCAUAUUGUACAUAAAAACAGGAAAUAUAGGACUAUGGAAAAAGCUUCCAAGCUACACGACGGUUUGUUGGUUGUGGGAGUUUUGUUUAAAAAGGUCAAGGAUGCAAAUAUUCGGUUUAAAUUGCUCGAUAAUAUUUUCAAUUCAUUGCCGAGCGUGAAAACUUAUAAGGACUCCGUCCAUGUAAAAUAUCCGUUGAAAAUUGCGGGUUUACUUGGCAACGUGGAUACUAAUGUCUUCUUUUCCUAUCGUGGUUCUCUAACCACGCCGCCAUGUUAUCAAUCAGUACGUUGGUAUGUAUUUCGCGACGCGGUACCAAUUACUGAGAAACAAUUAAAUAAUUUUUUUGAAAUUAUGGAUGUGCAUGGCGAACCGUUGCUGAAUAAUUUUCGUUUGCCUCAGAGUAAAGGCGGACGAACUGUACGUUAUCACUCAAGGAAGUCGACAAAGCAGUAA